AUGAUCGAGGUGUUCACUAUGUUUGAAACAGAGUUCAUGAGGAAAUUAGGUUUCCUCGUGUUUCUACUCUGCAUUCUGGUUUCUUUCAAUAACCAAAAUGCCGAAACCAAGAAGGGUUCUUCUUCCCCUGUUUCAUUAUCUUCCGAAGAUUCGGAUUCGAUUUUGACGGAUCCGUUUUUAUCUCAUCCUAUUGCGGUGUCCGCGAAGACCGAGAGGAUCAAAAACGACGAUCCGACAUCGCUUGAAUACGAUUUCUACCGUAAAUCCUGCCCCCAAGCAGAACAGAUUGUUCGGUCCAAGGUUCAGCAGCUCUACAAAGUCCGCCCAGAUGUUGCUCCCGCGCUCCUACGCCUCGUUUUCCACGAUUGCUUCAUCGAGGGAUGCGAUGCCUCUGUUUUAUUGGAUGAUGCUGACAGAAUUAAUUCCGAGAAAGACUCUCCACCCAAUCAAUCAUUGAUGGGUUUUGAUUUGAUUGACCUCAUCAAGGCUGAUAUGGAAGAAGCAUGCCCUGGCAUUGUUUCGUGCGCUGACAUUAUUGUUUUGGCAGCAAGAGAAGGUGUAGUUCUGGCUGGUGGCCCAUUCUAUCCUCUGUACACUGGUAGGAGAGACAGUAAUCUUUCUUUUGCAGAAGUUGCAACUUAUGAACUUCCUUCUCCCCGGGAUGAUCUAUCUCAAACUCUAGCAUCCUUCACGUCAAGAGGCUUCGAUGAAAGAGAGACUGUCAGUCUGUUGGGUGCUCACAGCAUUGGAACAAUUCACUGCAAAUUCUUCCACAACAGACUCUACAACUUUGAUGGAACUGAAAAGCCAGAUCCAUCUCUGGAUACAGAUUUCCUCAACUUUAUGAGAGAAAAAUGUGAUAACAGCUACGUUCGAUCAUCACCAGCAUCAUCACCGUCGGCUUUGUCACCUUCCUUCGAAAACUCACCAUCUUCUUCAACUGAUGAUCCAGGAAUGGAGAUGGACUAUAAUGGACCUGGAUCAGGUUUUGGCACACUAUACUACCGCAGCCUUCUGCAAGGUAGAGGAAUCCUCUAUGCUGAUCAGCAGCUGAUGGCUGGGGAAAGCACCGGAAGCUGGGUCAGAGCAUAUGCUUCAGAUGCCUCCUUGUUCCGUCAGGACUUUGCUCAAGCAAUGAUAAAGCUCUCAAAUCUCCGAGUAUUGACAGCACCUCUGGGUCAGGUCCGGGUAAAUUGUUCCAAGGUAGCAUGA